CCUUUUGGUUUUGGCCAAAGUCCUUUUGAACAUCUCAAACUCAUAGACGGCCAUUCUUCUUUUAAAUAAUACACAAAGUAUUGCUUCUUUCUUCCCCCAAAAUCUUCAUUUUUCAAUUCUCAUAUACAUCAACGACGUGCUUUGAAUUUUCAUUCUUUUCCACCAUUUCUCUCGCUGUUUCUCACUUUCUCUCUCAAAUCUACGCGUUUUCUCUCUAUAUUUCUUUUCAAAUUUCAAAACCCACAUACUCCCAAUUUCCCCAAAAAUUAUGGCUUUCCCCCAUCUCAUCUUCUUCCUCUUCUUUACAUCAUCCAUACCCUUUUCCAUUUCUCAGCCAACUGACCAAGCUCCACCUCCCGCCGCCGCUUCCUGCAAUCAUAUCUUCUUGUCUUACUCUUUCGAUCAAGGUACCAAGCUUCCCCCAAAUAGCACCGAUCUCGCUCGUCAGCCCUACCGAUUUGAGUCUACUCUAACCGUUCUCAACAACGGCCUUACGGAGCUCAAGUCUUGGAAGGUUUUUGUGGGCUUUCAACACGAUGAGUUCUUGGUCUCCGCCUCCGGUGCUGUCCUUGCCGAUGGUAAUUCCUUCCCUGGUAAUGUUGGGAAUGGGACUGUCUUCGCUGGUUUUCCGAUGACCGACUUGAAGACGGCCAUUCAAACUGCUGGGGAUAUCACUCAGAUGCAAGUCCAAGUCAAGUUACUUGGGACCCAAUUUGGGGUUGCCCCUCCGAGUAGUCCGAUGCCUUCCAAUAUUUCCCUUGCCAAUGAUGGAUAUCUCUGCCCCAAGCCAACUCUACAAGGAAAGAGUGAGAUGCACGUCUGUUGCAUACCCGAUAAACGCGUGAAAACAAAUAUCACAACUCAAGAGUUCUUGCCUCGUCAAAAGGGUGAUCUAACGAUCAUGUAUGAUGUAACAAGGACAUAUGAUUCAAGCUACUGGGCGCAAGUUACAAUUUCUAACCAUAAUCCUCUUGGACGUCUUGACUAUUGGAAAUUGAACUGGGAUUGGAUGAGGGAUGAGUUUAUCUUUUCAAUGAAAGGGGCUUAUCCUUCGGUUGUUGAUUCUACCGACUGCAUUUUUGGUAGACAAGGCACUUAUUAUCGGGAUUUAGACUUUUCCAAUGUAUUAAGUUGUGAAAGAAGGCCAACUAUCGUUGAUUUACCUCCAACCAAGGCCAACGAUACCACUCUUGGGUUGAUCCCUUUCUGCUGUCGAAACGGGACAAUUUUGCCAUCUCAUAUGGACGCGAGCAAGUCAAUUUCUGCAUUUCAGAUGCAAGUGUUUAAAAUGCCACCGGAUCUUAACAGAUCCCAGAUUACACCACCUCAGAAUUGGCAGAUCAGUGGCAUUCUUAACCCCACAUAUAAAUGUGGCCAGCCAGUGAGAGUAAGUCCUAGUGAAUUCCCUGAUUCGAGCGGUCUACCACUGAAUUCGACUGCAGUAGCCAGUUGGCAGGUUGUUUGCAAUAUAACACAUGCCAAGGAUGACACACCAAAGUGCUGUGUUUCGUUUUCAUCUUACUACAAUGAUUCCGUCAUCCCGUGCAGAACGUGCGCAUGUGGAUGCUCACAAAACUCAGCUCGUACAUGUAAUGCAACCUCCCCUGCAAUGCUCCUCCCACCUGAAGCCCUUCUUGUUCCUUUUGAGAAUAGGACUGCCAUGGCUGUUGCUUGGGCUGGUCUUAAACAUUACCCAUCUCCUAACCCGAUGCCUUGUGCGGAUAACUGCGGUGUCAGCAUCAAUUGGCAUCUGUAUACUGAUUAUAGAGAUGGAUGGAGUGCAAGGAUCACUCUCUUCAACUGGGGCGAAGUGAAUUUUGCAGAUUGGUUUGCUGCAGUUCAGAUGAACAAAGCAGCACCUGGUUUCCAGGCAAUGUACUCAUUCAAUGCAACCACCUUGGAAUUGGAUGGUUUGAACAAUACCAUCUUUAUGCAGGGUCAUCCUGGACUUAACUAUCUUGUGGGAGAAACAGACGGGCCGAACCCAGUGAAGGAUCCACGAGUACCUGGAAAACAGCAAUCUGUGAUCUCAUUUACAAAGAAGAACAUACAAGGCCUUAACAUGGCCGCAGGAGAUGGGUUCCCCACAAAAGUGUUCUUCAAUGGGGAGGAGUGCUUGGUUCCGAAAAUGUUCCCAGCCAACAACAGCCGAAAGAACUUAGCUUCGUUCAUUCCAAGCAUCCUAAUGCUAGUACUUGUGUUCAUGUUCAUUCAACAAUAGUCAGGAAGGGGAAUGAGAAAGGAAGGAUGAGGAGAUUGUGUUGUAGCUGCUGUUCAUUUUUUUAUUCUUUUGAGGGAUUGAAGAUGAUGAUAUAUAUUUUCAGAGCCUUGACUGAGAUGGUAGAUUUUAUUGCUAUCACCCUACACAAGAAGAAGCUACAUGAAAUUGAAAAUGAAAGUAAAUCAAGAAAUCUGUGGUUUAAAAUGCAUCAUUGCUCAGCCAGCUCUCAUGGCUUGUAUUCUUUGAUCUGCUACAAUAUGAUGGAGAAAGGGGUGUGUAUGUGAUUGGUUCUAAAAUGACUUUUAGUAGUUAAAAACACUGUUUUGAAGUUUUGUAAUCUUUGUUAUUAUAAAUGGUACACCUACUUCUUUUCUUCUUGUGUUUA